CGCCGCCCCGGGCAUGUCGUCCAACUGCACCAGCACCACGGCGGUGGCGGUGGCACCGCUCAGCGCCAGCAAGACCAAGACCAAGAAGAAGCAUUUCGUGUGCCAGAAAGUGAAGCUAUUCCGGGCCAGCGAGCCGAUUCUCAGCGUUCUGAUGUGGGGGGUGAACCACACGAUCAAUGAACUGAGCAAUGUCCCUGUCCCCGUCAUGCUAAUGCCAGAUGACUUCAAAGCAUACAGCAAGAUCAAGGUGGACAAUCAUCUCUUCAAUAAGGAGAAUCUCCCCAGCCGCUUUAAAUUUAAGGAGUAUUGCCCCAUGGUGUUCCGAAAUCUCCGGGAGAGGUUUGGCAUAGAUGAUCAGGAUUACCAGAACUCAGUGACACGUAGUGCCCCGAUCAACAGUGACAGCCAGGGCCGGUGCGGCACCCGUUUCCUUACCACCUAUGAUCGUCGCUUCGUUAUCAAGACUGUCUCUAGUGAGGAUGUGGCUGAGAUGCACAACAUCUUAAAGAAAUACCACCAGUUCAUAGUGGAAUGUCAUGGCAACACCCUUUUGCCACAGUUUCUGGGCAUGUACCGCCUGACUGUGGACGGUGUGGAAACCUACAUGGUGGUUACCAGGAAUGUGUUCAGCCAUCGACUCACUGUGCACCGCAAGUAUGACCUCAAGGGUUCUACUGUUGCCAGAGAAGCAAGUGAUAAGGAGAAGGCCAAGGACUUACCGACAUUCAAAGACAAUGACUUUCUCAAUGAAGGACAGAAGCUACAUGUGGGAGAAGAGAGUAAAAAGAACUUCCUGGAAAAAUUGAAACGGGAUGUAGAGUUCCUGGCCCAGCUGAAGAUUAUGGACUACAGCCUGCUGGUGGGCAUCCAUGAUGUGGACCGGGCCGAGCAGGAGGAGAUGGAGGUGGAGGAGCGGGCAGAGGAUGAGGAGUGUGAGAAUGAUGGCAUGGGGGGCAACCUGCUGUGCUCCUACGGCACCCCUCCGGAUAGUCCCGGCAACCUCCUCAGCUUUCCCCGGUUCUUUGGCCCUGGGGAAUUUGAUCCUUCUGUUGACGUCUAUGCCAUGAAAAGCCAUGAAAGUGCCCCCAAGAAGGAGGUCUAUUUCAUGGCCAUCAUUGAUAUCCUCACCCCAUACGAUGCUAAGAAGAAAGCUGCACAUGCUGCCAAAACAGUGAAACAUGGGGCGGGGGCGGAGAUCUCAACUGUGAACCCUGAACAGUACUCCAAACGCUUCAACGAAUUCAUGUCCAACAUCCUGACGUAGUUAUCUUCCACUGUCAGCCAGAGCCAGAGCCAGAUGUGGGGUCAGGAAUUGAAAGAGGGAGAGCAAGUGUAUUUGGGCCAGAUGGGUAGGGAGCAGAGUGGGGGUAGGGGAGGGCUUUGGCAAUGAGACUUUAGCCUGUGCCACUGAAAGACCAGCGGGGGGAGGGGGCUGUGCUGUGUGUGUGCACAUGCCUACGCGAUGACGUAGCCAAGCCCUGCUUACCCUUGAUCCCCCCACCCAUGUGACCCAGGUUAAAAGUGGGUUUCCUUUUUGUUACCGUAUAACCUUUUAUGAUACCUUGGGGGUGGAGAUGAUUUUGUGGGUUUACCUUGGUUUUGUCGCUGAAACGUCAUUGCUCCAGGUUUGCUAUUUCUAAUCAAUGAUGUAUGUCACCACCCCAUCCACCUUCCCCAUCCCGCCCUGCUGCCAGUUCCCUUCAUUAGAGGUACCCCAUGCACCAAGGCAAGGGUCCUCGCAGAGCAGAGUGCUCUGAUGCCAGGGAAGAGGUCAGACAUCUCUGCCCUGCUGCAUCCUCAUCUUUUCUGGAUUAAUCUUAUGGAGUAUUGUACACAAUUUCCUCCACCUUUCUGCCUCAGAUCCAGGUGAAAUGUUACAUGAUUGACUCCUCCACCUAAAUGUUUUUCUCCCGAAGCAACACUCCAGAUCCACAUGGGGCAUCUUAGAUCAGAAUCUGAUCUCAGAGGGGAGUGAGUUCAUCCUCAUGGGAUGGUGAGGGGUGGUGGUGGGGGAACAACUGGACUUUUCAGCUGGUUCUCAGAGAACCUGUGAUCGUCAGCUGAGCCCCUAGAGCUCAGGUAUCAUUUAUAUAAAGCCUGCCUCCCACUGGGUCAGGAACUAGAAGGCCCCUUUAGAGUGAACAAGAUAUCAUGCUUACAUGGUUAUUUUCCUCUGGGAAAACCCUAGAAGCUGAUGAAUAUCAAAUGAGGUCUUACGUCUCCUUGCAUUUACUUCCUUCAACCCUUCUCCCAGGCACUCUUAUUCGUAGGUGAGCUUCUAGCUGGGGGCGCAUCUCCUGUGUCCAGGGUGCUCCUGGCAGAGAUACCUCUUCAAAUCCCUGGGCUACCACAGAGAUGAUCUGACUCCCCCGUGCCUGUUGUUUGUCACCUGGAUGUUUAUAGCCAACAGGAAGGGGUCUCCCCCGCCCUCUUGGAGCACGGCACCCAAGUGCUGGGUUGCUUCUGAGUCACUUGAAGAUGUGACCAAGGAAAUCUGAUAGAGGCUUGAUAUGGGGGUUCUACCCACCCCCAGACUUGGGGCUGCCUUCCCGAUACCACCUCUAGAUACUGAGCAAAUCUGCCUCUCCUACCCCCAGGCCUCAGCAUUGAGCCAGGUGUUGUGUGAUGCCACCAGAGCAGUCUGGUCCGGCCAAGAAAGGAGACAGCCCUGUUACUCUGCUUCUGGGGAAGCACAUUCCUGCACAUUUUCACCCCCUCGUUAGGAACUGGGGAUCUGAGAUGGAUAUGGUCAAACUUGUAAAUAACCACACAGAUGCAGAGGAAGUUUAUAGAGACAUUUUGAACAAAUGGAUUGAUAUCCGUUGACUCCCUCCAAACCUGGCCAAGCUCAGCUUCGGGAGCAGGAACCAGCACCGUAGGAGUAGAGGCAACAUCCUUGGACUCCACUGGGGCUGCUGGAGCCCUUCUGGAGAAGACAGGCCAGGGGCACAGAACUGCCCUGCCUCCAGAAGGGGCCACGUAGUUCGGAAUGUCAGUAGCAGCAAGGCCACCAAGUGAUCUGGGGAAGAAGCUGGGACCAGGUGACUCAUGAAGAAAACUUUAUCUCAAAAGGGAUUGUGUAGGAAUGAUGUUUGGACUUGAUUUCCCCACCUCUCAAUCAAGAAUGAAAAUUUGGACCUGCUCCUAGUCGGGUCAGCAUCUAAGCGUGGAAGGCUGUACUCCACAGCCUUGUGCUCCCUCCCUCCCACCAGCGUCCUGCACUUGGUUCGCAGAUCAUGUUGCCAUGAUAUGUAUGAAAACAUGUAACAAUCCUCCGGCUAAAGAUGAGCUACCAGGUAUCUAACUUUUUUACCAUUGAAUUUUUUGUGUGUGGUGUUUUUGUUUUGUAUAUUGUUUACAUUUUGAGAGGUAGCAUUCUGUUUCAAAUGCUUUUUGUUUUUCUGACAGUAUUGUUGAUUGGGUCAAAACAUUUGGCGUUGUGGUUUGGAGGAUUCUUUUUUUUUUUUUUUUUAAGGUCAUUUACUCUCUGUGCUAUCUUCAAAACCUUGGGUUUGGCCCUCUUAAUUCCUUAGGUAUUCAGAUGUUUAAGAGCUAUUUAUCUUGGUUAUACAUUUUCCUUUUCUUCUUUUUGUAAUGAUGAAGAUAUUAUAUUUGGUUUGUAAUCUGAAUGUAGAGAAAAUGAACUGAUUCCCAAGUCUAUGUCUGCCACUAACCCCCACCACCCCAGGGAAUCUCUCUCUGGGCAGUAGAAGGCAUCUGAAGGGAGGUGACUACAUGCAACCUCAUUCUUUGGAGCCAAGAAGAACAGUUCAAAGUCUUUCAGUAUCCCAGAGUAAUUUGGGGAUUUCCCAAGAACAAAGGUAUAAAAACGUAGGAUGUGGCUGGUAAGACAAAGUAUUGGUGGGAACAGGAUUUCCUUUCUGCUCCCUCCCUUCUGCCAUUUCACCAGUAACAGCUUCUCUCCUCCCACCCUUCUUCUUCUGAAGUCAGUGGCUAAGAAACUUUAGUCUCCCAGCCAAAAUAAGGGUUCUCUGAAAACUCUGCUUAGACCACUCGAUGAAGACCUCCAGCCCUUAUUCCUGUUAAUGAACCACUGAGUCUUUAUCUCCCAGUCUAGCUCCUUCUUCAGGCCCUGGGAUUGAGGCUUACAGGGAAGACUGGGAAGCCAGCAGUUCCAGGAGCACAGUGCUCCAUCUCCUUUUCUAGCUCAGGGGUUAGUGGCCUGUGGCAGGUGCCACGACUUGCUCCUUGUAGCUGUCUUCAUGGCACCUAAGUUCCUACCACAGGCAACUCUUCUUCCCCUUCCUGCCUAUUUCACUUUUUCCUCUUGCUUAUGCUCAAACAGGUCCCCUGGUAGUGUCCAGGCCAUGGCACUAUAGACUCCUCCCCUUCCUCUUCAGUCAGCCAGGGCCUGCCCUGAGGAGGUGGACCAAAGACCCAGGACUAAAAGUAGCCAGCCCUCACCUCCCCAUUGUCUUUUCACUAAUUCAUGCUGGGAGUGGCAAGAGAACUUCAGCACUCCCCAGCACUUGAACUAAAUGUUAGGGGUUGGAAGGGAUCUAUCACUUUUAAACAGUCCUUAGGGCUCUAGACAUGUGGCUCCCCCAAGUCUAAGGACCUCACCUCUCUCUCUGGAGAAGUGGAGUGGGGGAAAAGUCUAGCAAGAACACAGGACUCAAAGAGAAAAGAAAACAUUACAACUGCCCCCAAAUGUACCAACCAUGGGUGGGGACAGGAGGUAAUAACGCGGCUCUAGCCUUUCAGAGAUGCACCGUUUAUGAAGAGGACCUCCAAGUGGAAAAGAUUAAACAUGUCACACUAAGGUCUUCAGAGCCCAGGAAGGAAUAUUCCAGGAGCCCCUUCUCCUUGCCCAGAGCCAUUAUGUCAUCAUGUGAGGAGGUGGGAACUGACCACCUUGGGUGGAGGCCUGGCGCUGCUCAGCACACCCCAGCACCAGGCCAGAUCACUUCCAUCAAAGAAAUGUGAAUGAUGUUUAGGUUCAACUUUGAGGGAAGCAGGAUGAAUUAUCCCCCCCACCACGUGUGUGACUUCUCAAUCUCCCACUGCAACUUCCAUUUUUUAAAUAGGAAUUUUCAACCCCCUGUGCUUGUCUAAUGUCUGCUCGGAACGGUUCAAGACACUGUUACUGUUUUAAAAAUUGCAUGCAUGUUAAGAUGAAUCUCCAACCUGAGGGGAAAAAAAUAAAACUCAAAAAAGCUUUGUGUA